UAAUAAUCAAAAGUGAUCCACCAAUCCCACAUAAUUUUCUCUCACUCGCUCUCUUUGUUUAUGUUAUUUUGAUUGUAGUAUAUAAUAAAAAAGAUAAAUAGACUUGCAUAUAUUGGUUUGGAGUGAUUUUUUCUAUCAUUUUUUCUCCUCGAAUGGGAAAGUCACGUUUUGUCGCUUUAUUCUCUGUGUUGAUUUUUCUUCCACUUUUCAAUGGAGGAUUGGCCAUGGCUUCAGGAACUCCAGAUGGUUCAGAAUCAUGGGGUUAUGUUGAAGUCAGACCAAAAGCACAUAUGUUUUGGUGGUACUACAAAAGUCCGUAUAGACCUCAAGAUUCAAGCAGCAAUCCAUGGCCUGUAAUUCUUUGGUUGCAAGGUGGACCUGGUGCUUCAGGAGUUGGGACUGGAAACUUUGAAGAGGUGGGCCCAUUGGACUCUUUCUUGAAGCCCAGAAACUCUACAUGGCUAAGAAAAGCAGAUCUAUUGUUUGUGGAUAAUCCAGUUGGAACAGGAUACAGUUAUGUCGAGGAUGAAAAGCUACUGGUGAAAACCGAUGAAGAGGCUGCAACUGAUUUGACAACAUUGCUGAUUGAAAUCUUUAAUGGAAAUGAAACUCUUCAAAAAAGUCCACUUUAUAUAGUGGCAGAGUCUUAUGGUGGUAAAUAUGCAGUUACUCUUGGACUCUCAGCUCUCAAAGCCAUUGAAGAUAAAAAGUUAAAACUUAUUCUUGGAGGAAUUGUGUUGGGAGAUAGUUGGAUAUCACCUGAAGAUUUUGUGAUAUCAUGGGGUCCUCUUCUAAAGGAUGUUUCAAGGAUAGAUGAGAAUGGCCUGGCUGAGGCAAACGGUCUAGUUGAGAAAAUCAAGCAGCAAAUAGCUAAUGGGAAAUUAGCAGCUGCCACAGAAACAUGGAGUGAUCUUGAAGAAGUGAUUAGCGCCAAUAGCAACUCCGUUGACUUCUACAAUUUCUUGUUGGAUGAAGGGAUGGAUCCAGUGUCGAUGAUAGCAAGCGAGGUCAUGAGAGGAACCCCGAGGAAGAGAUACUCUAGAUAUCUUGAUUCUUUAAAAAAAACGCCCGGUGGAAAUGGUGGUCUUGAUCGUUUGAUGAAAGGUGUGAUUAGAAAGAAACUUGGGAUUGUUCCAAAUAACGUGGAAUGGGGCGGGCAGUCGGGUCUUGUUUUUAGCUACUUAGCAGGUGACUUCAUGCGACCAAGAAUCAAUGAGGUUGAUGAACUUUUGAGCAAGGGAGUUAAUGUGACUAUAUACAAUGGUCAACUUGAUGUUAUAUGUGCAACGAAGGGAACACAAGCAUGGGUUGAAAAGCUCAAGUGGGAUGGUCUAAAGACAUUCUUGAGCAUUGAUAGAACUCCAUUAUAUUGUGGAGAAGGUAAAAAGACAAAAGCAUUUACCAAGUCCUACAGAAAUUUACACUUCUAUUGGAUUCUUGAAGCUGGUCACUUUGUGCCAGUAGAUCAACCAUGUGUAGCAUUGGAGAUGAUUGGUAGCAUUACAAGUUCUUUGGUAUCGACAAAGUAAAGGAUGAUAAAAAAUGUGGAAAAUUAAUAAUGACAUACCAAGACAUGAGUAACAUAAAUAGGAGAAGAAGAGAGUCUACUGCAUGUAAAAUGUGCUUAUAAUUUGUAAUUUUGUAUCCAUAUUUGAAUUUUGAAGUCACAUACAAGGAGUAAUUUUCUAAGUGAAAUUUAAUGUGCUAUUUGAUAUUUGUAGGAAAAAGAAAAAGAUAUACCUUACACACAUAAAUAGAUGUUUGCAACUUGCUAAUGAAUAUUUGUUUAUCAUGAUAUUUACUGUAGUUUGGUUAA